AAUCGUUUCAGGACCUGAUUAACUGGACCCUGCUGAGACAUCGAGAGUCAUUGUCUUUCAUCGUGCGUAAAUCUCUCUCUCUCUCUCUCUCUCUCUCUCUCUCUCUCUCUCUCUCUCUCUCUCUCUCGCUAUGAAACAAACUGUUGCCACGACUGCUCGGAAAACUGGCUGUGCGACUCAGCGUAGUACUUCCGCGUUAUACACCUGCACCAGGUAAAGGCUCGGCCGCACACCUGGAUGCACCUGCAGAGCGCAGAGUGUGACACCUGCGUCGACCGUUUCCAACCCGAAGAAACCUCAGGAUUUAUUUAUUUUAUUUUUUUGUAUUGAAAAAGUGGCUUAUUUUUUGGCUUGGAAAGCAAAGCGCAGUCAUGAGUGAGGAUUACGGGAUCUGUGAACUGGCCGUGGUGUCGUUACGGGACAACGAAAACGAACCAGAUUAUGGAAUUCAGCUCAGUCAUGAAGGACACAUAAACACCACGGACAUGCGCUUUAAACAACCUGAAGACUCCCUUAUAACAAUUUUCGAAAGCAAAUUUAGUUACAAUAAUGGCACGACGAAUGUCGGGUCUUCCACAGGUGCGUCUGGUACCGGUGGUGACGUGAAGGUGUGCGUUGCGCACGGGGUAGACGUGGACCAUUACUGUAGGACGGAAGGAAGAGCGGUUUGCGAGAAGUGCGUUAACCAAGGACCUUGUCAAAAUCAUAAAGUCAUACAGCUGCAUUUACGAGCGACGGCUGUAAGGAAUCAGCUGGUGGAUAUCUGUGAGAAAAUGCAACUGCAAGCCCUGCAGAUAGAGCGCUUCAUAAACAACACACUGUCUGCUAAAGAGAAGGCCUUACAGGCAGAGGCGAGUAGUUCCCGUGAGCGAGUCGUGGCCCAGGUGAAUGUUGUGCGUGAAGCUCUAGAUGAGGAGGAGCAGCGUCUGCUGGAGGCUGUGCAGAGAGAGGAAGAGCGAAUAGAGCAGUGCCUCCUCACACAGCGGGCACACUGGUCAAAGGCGCUCAACACCCUCACACAUGCCCGCACAAGCCUGGUGCACAUGCUCACAAACUCGACAGACAUCAUGCUUGUGAACAAGAACUCCGAAAUAUCAGACAGGAUCGAGGAGGCAGAAGGUGUUGGGCUGCCAAAAGACUCGGAGCACCUGAAUAUGAACAGGGACUGCAGUGAUAGUAAACUCAUGCUGGGCAUGUGGGCUAGCGCGCUGCUGCUAGGACCGACCGCUGCAGCUCGGAUGUACUUUGAUGAGCGCACCGUCAGCCAUCUCCUUCUGCUAUCCUCCGACCAGCUCACUCUCACUUACCGUCCGAAGAAGCAGAAGAAGCCUCUUCUAUAUGACCCAGCUCGUUUUGACCACUGGCCCAAUGCCUUCUGCCUCGACCCCAUCAGUUCGGGCACGCACGCCUGGGUGAUGUACGUGGGUGACAGUGCCGCCUUUAAAGUGGGCGUCUGCUACCGCAGCAUGGAACGUAAAGGCUCGAGCAACGAAUCUCGUCUAGGUUUCAAUGCCAAAUCCUGGGUGCUCUCACACUACGAAGGAAACUUUUCAUACUGCCACAACGGACGGGUUGUCAACGUGGUUGUAGUGAAGAGUCCCACAAAAGUGGGUAUGCUGCUGGACUGGAACACACAAACACUGCUGUUCUAUGAUCCAGACUCAAAGUGUGUGUUGCACGCUGUAAGGGAAACUUUUACUGAGCCACUGCUGCCUGCUUGUGCUGUGGCUGAUCAAAGCAUAUCGAUUGUGCACUGCUAAUGUGUAUCAUCGUGUUUACUGAGUCUUGUCAGAAAUGGAGGGUAAAUUUAACAGGAUCGAAUGCAUUGCCUGUUCCUUUUGUCUCCACAGUCUCGCUCUGCAGUGCAGGUGUGACUGCUGGUAUUUAAAAAUAUUUAAGGGAUGAGAUUUGAACAUGGCAGUGAAUAUGUAGCAUUAGUACAUAGAAACAGAACUAUAUCCAAAAGAACCUUGGGAAUGGCUGGGAAUAAGGGCGAAAGGAGGAGUUAGUAUAACUUUUGAAGGUAUUAUAAUAUCUGCAAAAUCUCAUGUUCUAAUUGGGUAUGAAGUGUAUUGGUAGCAGUGUAAUAUUUCAGAUGAAAUAUUUAGGCUAUUUUUUGGAAGCAUUUCUUUUGAUGAAUUGUCUGUAUUGUUACAGAUUUAUAUAAAUAGUAGUUCUUAGUCAUGAUAAUAAUGUAAAUAUAAAAACUUACAAAACCGUAUGAGUUUUGUAAGUGAAAAGUGAACUGAAAUGAAGUGAUCUGACAUUUGUGCAUGAUGUAGUUUACUUGAUUGAUUUGGAAAAGUGUACAAUGAAAGUGUAAUUAUUUUUCUAUUUAUUACCGUAUUUGAAUAUAGACAGAUAAUGAUUGUAGUCUUCUGUAUUUUGUUUAAAAAGCUUAAAUUAAAUUGAUUGUUAUUCUUAGUUUCAUAAUAGUAUUUGUACAUUUUUCAGAUAGGAUACAGUAUAUCUAUCGCAAGAUACGUUUUUAUUGCAUCAACAUUGCACAUUAUUACAAGGAAAGAUUUACUAAGAAAACAUUACGUUCAUUUUCUAUUUAAAAAUAUCUCUGUCAAACAUUUUAGGUACGAAUAAUUCUAACUUUAUAAAAUAAGGUAAUAAAAUCUAUCAAGUGCUGAUUGUGUAGUAACAUUAAGGAUGCGGCAUUUUCCAUUUGUGCGUUUCGUGGUUGUUGUCAUCAACUUCCAGCAGAAUUAAGAGAUUAUUCUUAAAAAAUAAAUAAAUAAAUAAAUAUUGUUGCUGGAAUUUCAGGAAUGCCAUCAUGAUGUUAAAAUGCUCACAUAAAUUAGUGUCAGGAUUGUAUCACAGAGUAAUUUUGUGUAGACGUACUGGUUUUAUGUUAUAUGUAACCGUCUGGUUACAUACAUUGUUUUAUAUGUUCAUUUUGUCCUAUUUGUUCUGGUGUUUUUUUCAUCUGUUGCUUAGGGACAGAAGAUGAAAAUGAGUCAAUUUGCUAAAUCCCACACAUCGUUAAUCCUGAUGUCAAUGAAUGUGUCAUAACUGUGUUAAAUAAAGGAAUUAAUAAAGUCAAAUGGAAGCUA